UGUUAUUAUAAUGGUUUCCAAGAAUACAAGAUAAUUCCAGGUAACGCUAUCCUGAGAGUUCACCGGAUGCGUUACGCUUUACAACAGAGGAAAGCUCAACAUGACAGCAUCUCACAAUUAAAGGUUGUCUUAUUAAAAUGUCUCCGAAAAGAAUAAUCUGAAAUCAGCUGCAACUGUGAAAAUUAUCUUCACCAGACGAUUUCUCAGAAUAAUCAUCGUUUGUGAAUAUCAUUCAAACAUCCACAUUGGUCGAAAACUGGCUUCAAUCUCCACAACUAUACAUAAACGUUUAUAGUGUAGUGGUCAAAAUGGGCAAAGGAAAAAAGAAAAACAAAAGAAAAAGAAAGAAUGGACAAAAUGUCAAUCGCCAGGAAGAGGUGAGAGCAGAAAACGAAGGAAAUUCCUCUUUGCGCCAAGUAGAAGAGGAUUGGGACAAUGAUUUGCGUUCAGAUGACGAAACUCGAACGAAUGAUGCAUCCUGGCUAAGCAUGUCUCAAGAUGGCAGUGGUGAUGCAAGCACUUCCACAUUUGAUAACUCUGGUGUUAGUUCUCCAGAUCAGAAAAACGAUACUGGUGCAUCAUAUGAUGUCAAUGACUACUCCAAUAUGUUCAAAAACGUACCGCCUUUGUUUCAUCAAUUAUUGCACUUAGCCAAACAAAAAAAAAUUGGGGAUAUAGUGCAUCGUUUGUGUAGUUAUGAGAAUCCCGUUUCUUCAGAUCCUGCUGUUAUUGAGGAAUGUAUUCAAUGGGUAAUACACACGAUACCUUUCGUUGAAACUCAACAGCUUUUGUUUCUUUGUGCAUUACUGGGUUAUUUGGCUAAGAUGAGUGGAGUCAGCAUUUUACAUUUACCAAAGAACGACACCACCAAAUCUGCUUGUGAUAAACUGCUUGAUAAUCUCGGUAAUUGCAUAAAAAAGAAGUUUUCACCACCUGGUAAUUUUUUGCCACUACUGGCAAACAGUGCUGGCACAAUCGUCAAAGGAUGUAGCAAACCUGGAUGGCUAACUCUGGCCGCACACUUUGGAUGGUUUCUUGGUAUGGAAUACGUACUCCAGCUAUGGAUGGACGAGUACAAGUACAAUAAACAAGAAUAUAACCAGCUACUUUCUUUAUUGGUCUAUAAUUUGCGAAAAGUAAACUCCCACCAGCAAGAUGUCUAUCAUCAUUAUCUCAAACGUAUUCUGCAGUUUGCCCCUGAUGAUGAAGUGUUGUUUCAACUGUCGCAAGAUAAAGAUCGUGUGUUUCGAUUUUUUCUCGGUCGAGAUCAACGCGAGAAGUUUUUUUUACAGCUUAUCAGGGAGAGGCUAAACAGUGGCAAAGGUACCUUAGCAGAGAAACUAGCAGCCCUUCACCAAUUGCCUGAGAAAAUGCGUGAAAAUUUGCAUAGUGUUAUUUAUGGUAUUGUUCAACAUUAUAUUGACACAGUCGCCGAUCCAUCAUCUGAAGACAUGAAUGCUGUUUUUAAUUUGAUUUCAAAUUUAAGCGUUGAAAGCUUCAAGACGAUUUUACAAAGUGUUUCGAAAUCCCAAUUACCACAUCGAGCCAACCUUUUCCCUCAACUAUUAAAUGAUCCUCGGUUUGAGAGCUAUUUUAGACAAUUAUCGGUCGAUGUUCGAGCUCAGUUUUGCAGGUAUUGGGUUUGUAACCAGGCAGUAUGGAGUAAAGAAAGUGCGGAAAAAGUUAAAGCAACAUGUGAGGCCUUAGACAUUCUUGUCUCAUGUCGUCACAUUUUGUCUGAUGAUAAAGUCAUCGAACGCUUAUGCAAGUGUAUUGUUGAUGACCUACGUAAAAAUGACUUUUUCGUCAUAUUGGAAGGAUCAAAAAACUUCGAUGAUUUCUCUGAGUGUGCUCAGUAUUGUAUUGAAAGGUCAAUCACUGAUACAAUGAAGCGACAUUUGGUGCAAAAUAGCAGUGAAAUUUUCAAAUAUUUUACAAAUGGAGGGAGAAAAGUGUUUGAUAGUUCAUCAUCAUCCGUGGUGAAACGUGUUUUUAAGAUGUUGUGGCAACGUCCAUCUCGGAUAUCAAAAUACGAACUGUGUUUGCUAAAAUGCUCGUUAACUGUUUUGACUCCCCCGAAAGAUGGUGUCAAUAAUGAGAAUGUUGUUGUUCAAAUUCUUCAAUUUUGUGAUAUUUGGGUUGAACUGGUUGCUGCAAAAGAACAUUUUUGUAAAGAGAACGCGUUCAAGGCAUGGGAAAAGAUUUGGAAGGAUAUGGGAAAUCGCAUCAUGCGAGAAGACAUCACGAUCUCCACUUUGAAGAAAAUUGAACCGUAUCAAGAUCAAUUGUCUUUUAUUUUUUGUGGCCUUAACUCUGGAAAUGAAAAGGAACAAAAUAAUUAUACAUCGACCAUCACAAAACUUGUCCAAACCGAGGCAGAUUUUCGUCAAAAGUGUGAUCUUUUAGUGAAAGCAGAGAAUUUUUCUCAACUCGUUUUUCCUAGUUGUUCCUUAAAAGAAAGCAUUAAAAACUAUGAUGAAGAAUCGAGAAAGUUGAAUGAAAUCAACGAGAGUUUUUGGAAACCUUAUGCGCCGUUAUUGCAACAACUAAAGCCUUUGGAAGCGCUACUGAAUUCAGUGUCUUUUUUUAGAAUUGCUAAAAUUUAUCUGCAAGAAAAUCCUCAUGACUUUUACAGUUGUUUAGAUACAAUUGACAGGAAUUUUCAGGUUUCUUUUUUUCAAAAUCUUUCAAAGCAAGGCGUUCAUCGUUUUGAAUUUGAGUGGCAGAAAUUAUUUGGUAACCCAGAUGAUCUGAAAGUCAGUGAAAUCGAUGCUCUACUUGGAAAUAUGGAUCUUAACAAGUUGGAUGACGAAUUGGCUCUUUUGGAAAGCCAUUUUCAGAAAAAGCUUCCAUCAAAUAUUAAAUCAUACCUGACAGGUUGUAUGGAAUUUCCUCGCAUUUUAGAGCAAACAAGACAUAUCAAAGACUUCUUGCAAUCAUUUGGAAUUCGUUAUACCAGUAGAAGUGCAGAUAUUUUGAUGGUGAUGGAUUUUUGUUCAAAAUUUGAUUGUGAACUGAAAGACAUUGUGGUAGAGCAUUUACACAAAUCUAUCAAAAAUAUUCAAAACAUCAUUUCCAAGUAUGAUAUCGACCACACUGAUGUGGUAAUGAUUGAGUUGGUGAAAUCUCCCGAACUUAUUCAAUUUAUUCAAGAAAUUGUUGAUGAUGACAUUCGUGUUCUUAUUGAUGCAGUUGAAGAACAUUCUGAAGAAGCUGUUUCUGCUUCUUUGGUAUCAGAUCUUAUUCAAGUACAUGGCUUCUUGGCUCCUGUUAUUAAAAAAUGCUCUUUCCAUCCCGAUCUUGUCUUGACGACCCUUGUUGGAGAAUGUAAGAAACAAGCUAAUAUAGCCCAAAAGAUUCGCCAAUGCAGCGAACAUGUUCACAGUCUACGAGGAUUGUAUCAAAACGUUGCCAAUCGAGAGGAAAUGACGAGAGAAAUUAUAAGAAACUGUUUGAUUGAUGGAGAAUUUUACAUCAAAUUAGAUGUUGACGGUAUUUGCCAUAUUACAAUGCGUUAUCAGAAAGAAACUAAACAAACAAUGAAGUCAAUGCCCGAACUUCAAGAUUUACGAAGUCGUGCUCAUUUGAUCAUAAGCUCGGAACAAAAUCCUCUUGAAAUUAUUGACAGGGAAUCCAAUGAAGAAAUUGAUUUCCAUGAAUUCAUCGAACGCAUCAAUUUACUCUCAGAAAUUGAAGAAGCAAUCAUUAAUCUUCAGUCAUCAGGUUACGUGAAAUAUCAAAAAAAUUGCGAGUGGAAAUCUUUGUAUGAAAUAAAGCAUCUCGAAGAGCUUAAAACUGCCCUUUACAAAGAUUUGCAUGAGUGGGAGCAAUGCUUACACAAUGCUCGGGAGCGUCAUUACUUUCUGAAUUAUUUUUGGUCACAUCAAUUAAGUGUGCUUUACGAUUUCAUUACUGGUAAAAUUAAUGAUCUUCACACUAUUCUCACUUUAAUGAAAUUUGUCGACCAAACAAUGGAUUUAAAACGAUUGCGUGACUUUGCAAACUUAAAUUGUCAUUAUGAAGCUGCACAAACACCAUACGAAAUCAUUGCAGCCAUUGGCGGUGCACUGGAUGUUAUGUUUUCAGAUAUCUGCCCUCAAUUAUCGUUGAAAAAAAUCUCCGACCACGUAUCUCAUUUGGAACCUAAAGUUUCUGUUCAAAAUGGCGAACUCUACGUUGUUGCCUUAGAAGAAGAAAGUCCACAUACUGUAAACGUGUUGAUGUCUCUUUACGAAAACACAACCAAUGCUUUUCCAGAGCCACAUCAAGUUAUGUUUUGCAAUGAAACCACGCCCUUUGAGCAGUUACAAAUUUUUUUGAAUAGAUGUUUCAAUAACAACAAAAAAUUAGCCUGUGAUAGUUUAUUCUGUCUAGCCAAUGUUGAGCUUCUUUCCAAUGAACUUCAGUUUUACUUGAUUGAUUACAUCAAGAAGAAAGAGUUCCAAGAUUGUGAUCAGGAAUAUUUACUGGCAAUUAUUUGUCGAGGUGGUGCUCAUCAUCAUAUCAUUGAAGAAUUCUCAAAGUUUGUACAUCAUAUCUCUGGUAUGUCGUACCCUGAAAUUGCUAGUCGAUUCAAGAAAACAUGGCCCCAUGUGAAGUGUGUGAUAUCCACGUUACAAGGACUUGGAAAGACAGAAUACAUUCGUAACGAUGCCCUUGAAGUGAGUAUUAAUGUAGUUUCGUUUCCCAUAAGUGGAGAAGUCAUUGAAAGUAAGAUCAUAGAACGAUUGAAGAAUCUUCAUCUUAAAAAGGAUUUCCGGUGUCUCCAUUUUGAUAUUGGUGAAGUUGAUGAUCCAAUUUUGUUGGACACAUUUAUUUUCCAGCUCAUCAUAACGGGAAUGGUGUCUUAUGGUACUCAAAUGUACAGUCUUCAUAACCAGAGAGUUUAUAUCGAAAUAGCCAAUUCGUUGGAUAACUGGUUGGUGGAACGCUUGCAUAUUUCUGGAUGUUUUUGCCGUAUUGAAUUGACAUGGAAUGACUUUAAUGACUUAGAAAUCACAAAUAAAAUCACCAGUAAUAUUCAGGUUGUUUGUCAGUAUUUGAAUAUACUGGAUAAAGGUAAAGUAGAUAACGUAGAUAUUCAUUUUCAUGGUAAUGAAAAAGUUAAACCUUUAUCAGAGCAGAGAUGUCGUGAGUUGCUACGUCAAUACUAUGGAUCGUCAAGUGACCCAACAUUUGCUGCCCUAAAUACAUUCUUGGCUUUUCUUGGUGAUCAGCUGCGAAAACUGUCAAAGAGUGCAUUUUUUGAAGUGGAAAAUUUAAAACUAAUGCUUGAGGAGAACGCUUUUGGUGUACGUAAAAAUCUCCUGCAAACUUUGCUCGAAGUGUCUCAAGAAUUUUCUUCCCGGUCUUUAACAACACGUCAUUCCACUCGUAUGCAACAGAAUUCGUCAUCGACUGCACAGAGCAUGGUUCAUAGAGUGGAAGGAAUGAUUCAGUGGGAACAAAGUAAUCAUCUGUUAAUUGUUUUUCAAAGUAUUGACUCUCAAACAGUCGCAGCUUUUUAUCGUGAAAAAUCAAAAGUUCCUUCAAAUAUUUGUGAACUACUUAAAAGUCAAACAGUGGGUGAAAAAAGUAAAGAGCUUGUUGAUUUUAAAGAGUUGAGUCAUAAGGAUUUACAUAAAAUGCUGGAGAAAAUUGCCUGCACGAGAUAUUCACAAGGGAACAUGGCAUCUGAUUUCUCAGGUUAUGCAUUGACGGCAGACAACAUGUUGAAGAUGAUUUUAAUAAUACUUCGUGUUAGAGCUAAGAUUCCUAUCAUUAUCAUGGGUGAAACUGGUUGUGGAAAGACUAGUCUUGUUCAAUAUUUGGCGUCAACUUGUGAUAUUCCAUUCUCAAUAUAUAAUUUUCAUGCUGGUCGCACUGACAACGAAAUAAGGGAAUUUGUUGAAAAGGAAAGCGAUAAAGCCCAAAGCGCUACUGGUCAAAGAUGGAUAUUCUUGGAUGAAAUCAAUACAUGCCACCAUCUUGGAUUGAUCAAUGAAAUAAUGUGUCAUCAUACUUUACUUGGGCAUCCAAUUUCCAGAAAACUGAUCUUCAUUGCUGCUUGUAAUCCUUACAAACUGCGAUCGCCAGAAAGUUCAUCCACGGCUGGCCUUGAAGGUAAAAAGGUUGAUGAUGAAUAUUCAAAAUUAGUUUAUCGUGUUCAUCCUUUGCCAGAAUCCAUGGUUGAUUACGUUUGGGAUUACGGGUCAUUGACGCCACAAGAUGAGAAAGUUUACAUUGGAAGAAUGGUGAAUGAAUUUCCUGGAGAAUACCAGCAAGUUUUAACCGAGCUUCUUGCUUCAUCUCAGAAUUUUAUACGGGAUGCUGAGAAGAAUCCAUUCUGUGUAAGUUUACGUGAUGUUCGGCGUUGCAUUCAUCUUGUGACGUGGUUUAUUGAUACGUUAAAGACACGAAAAAUGUUAAUGGAAGAAAGAGAAAGAAACGGUAAAUCAACUCCAACUUUUCCAGGUCAUUUGGAAAAAUAUAAAAAUCGUUCGAUGAAGUACGAUAGUUAUCCAGAAAUAAAAAGUAUUGUUCUUGCUCUUGCUCAUUGUUAUUUGUCAAGAUUGUUUAGAGAUGACUUGCGUAGAGCUUACAUACAGAGCCUGACACCUUCACUUGCAUCAAUUGACGUAGACAAAAAAAGUUUUAUAGCCAUGAUUCGCAUGGAGCAAGAAGAUUAUCUUUCACGUAUUGAGCUUCCAGAAGGAACAGCGAGAAAUGCCGCUCUUCGUGAAAACGUUUUUGUCAUGUUAGUAUCAAUUCUCAAUCGUAUUCCUGUGUUUGUUGUGGGAAAGCCAGGUUGCAGUAAGUCAUUAGCAAUUCAAUUGAUUAGAAGUAAUCUUCGUGGAAAAGAUUCAAAAGACGCAUUCUUUAAAACGCUACCUCAUCUCUAUGUCGUCUCUUACCAAGGAUCAGAGUCUUCUACAUCUGAAGGUAUUGAAGAAAUUUUUCAAAAGGCUUCAAAUUACAAAAAGCAUAACAGCGAAAGCAACGUAUUACCAGUGGUUUUAUUGGAUGAAGUUGGAUUGGCAGAAAAUUCACCAAACAAUCCUCUGAAAGUAUUGCACAGUAUUCUUGAACCAGGAAAAGGAGAGUUACCAGAGGUUGCAGUUGUCGGUAUUUCCAAUUGGGCUUUAGAUGCAGCAAAAAUGAACCGGGCAAUCCAUUUAUCUCGACCUGAACCUUCAGCAAAAGAUCUUGGUGAAACUGCCAUUUCUCUUUAUCAAGGUGACAAGAAAUCAGAAGAUGAUAUUGAUAAGUCAACUGAAAAAGUUCUUCGUUUGAUUGCAGAAGCUUAUCAUGUGUACCGUUUAAAGCAAUUGCAUCCUAAUUUCCAUGGUCUUCGUGACUACUACUCUCUUGUGAAAAGCCUUAAGUGGGGCAGCUGUUCUGAUAUGGAACAGAUAAACAUCGCCCUGAAACGAAAUUUUGGAGGUAUUCCCGAAGAAACAAGUAACGUUCAAGAAGUCUUUAAUGAAAGAUUGAAGACUGUAAUUUCUGCUAGCAAGACUGAAAGUUACAUUCCAAUUACACGACUUAUUGAAGAGAAUAUUAAAGACUUGAAAGCAAGACAUCUUAUGCUCAUUUCAAAUGGUGAUUCUGCUAUUGGCAUACUAAAGCAACAUGUUUCUUACUCUGCAAAGGAAACUAUCACAAUUUUUGGCAGCAAUUUUGAAGAAGAUCAAUCUGAUGAUUACAACUAUAGAAUUUUAAGUCGAAUCAUACUUUGUAUGGAACGUAAUUGCAUUCUCAUUCUUCGUGAUCUUGAAUGUAUAUAUGGAAGUUUAUACGACAUGCUGAAUCAAAAUUAUUCUGUUGUUGGAGGAAGAAAAAACUGUCGAGUUGCCCUUGGUGCCAACAGCAAUCCCAUGUGUUAUGUAAACGAUGGAUUUCGCUGCAUUGUCCUUGUUGAUCACGAUCAAGUCGAUUAUUCCGACCCUCCAUUUCUGAACAGAUUUGAAAAACAACUUCUUCGUUUUUCGGAUAUGUUAAAUGAAACCCAACAUGACAUUAGGAAAGAAUUAGAGUCAUGGCUUCACCAAAUGUCGAGUGUAAAAGGUUUUAGAGAUAAGUUCAAGGAAAAGGAUGUGUUCAUUGGUUUUAACGAAGACACGUUGCCAUCAUUGGUUCUGUAUCACAGUCAUGAUUCUGAAGAGCCAGAGGAAGUCGUCAUGAACAAGUGCAAAGAUGAUCUUAUGUGGAUUGCAACACCUGACGGAGUUUUACGCACUGUUGAAAGUGAUCGUUAUAUGGAAGAUCCACGAGAAGUAGAGAAGCUUUCAAAUGAAUAUUUUGAAAAGCCAAUUCACAACGGACUUGCAUCAUUUUUAUCGCAUGUUGUGAAACAUCAACACUUAUUUUAUGAUGCGGAAAGUGAAGCUUGUUCAAUAACAUUAUUGAUGACGCAUGCCACAGUGCACACAGAUAUCAGUCAUUGCCUUCGCAUGGAAAAUAUGUCUUUUCAACUUGAGCGACUUGGAGCCUAUAAGUCUGGUAAGCAACUCGAAGACAGAAUACAUCUUUUUUUUACAUCUGACAAAGAGCUUUUAAUCAUUCAAUGCAAACCAGAACUGGAUGCAGAACAUAUGCUUCUCACUCGAUCAAUCAUUGAAGAUAAACGAAAUGCUUACUUUAAGUCAUUUAGGGAAGCUCAGUACACUAUGCAAAGGAAACACGUCUGCAUGAUUGUCCACGUGCGUCGAGCAUCUCGUGAAAAUGCGCCACGAUGGCAGUUAAAUUUCCUUAGUGGAUGGAAGCAAGUUUUUCUUGAUACACUAGAAGUACCAUCAAUUCCAGUGAAUGAAAUGGUUGACAAAAGUAUCGACGACAUUCUUUCCAACUCAGUUUGGUCAUUUCAUAGAUUUGCUGUUAACUGUAUUGUAUGGUGUUUCAAUUGUUUAAAGUAUUCACAUAAUGCAAGAAAUCAAGAGAGUGUGUUACGAAUCGCGAAACACUUAUUUGCAUCGGAUGAUGUUAGUAAGACUAUUCAGAAUCUUGUUUUAAAGGAAUCAACCAACUAUAUUGGAAACACAAAUGAGCAAUGGCAAGUCAAAGUUGCUUGUGACGUGGAACUUCUUUGUAAUUCUUCAACACUUUCCUUUGCCAUGGAACAACAUCUAGCAUUGUUUGUACGUCAGCCUUUAGCAAAGCUUGUUUACUUUUUGGAAAAUGAAAACUCCUGGCCACCUCACCUUCUGAAUAAAGAUGUUGCAGAUGAUGAAGAAAUGUGGUGUGAUCUUUUAUCUGAUAAAUCAAUAUUCGACUUUAAGAAAAUUCCUGAAUGCAAAGGAGUGGAUUCGUACUCCAUUGAAGGAAUACGUCAUGAUUUGAUGGUUCCAUUCAGUCAGGUGAUUGCGAAAAGAAUGGAAAAAGCACGUAGCUUCAUCAUGAAAGAAUACGCUGAAGCCAUGGAGAUUGAAAAUAAUUUUGAUGAAAAUGGUGAAUUAAAAAAAUCGGUUCUACUUGAGCAACUUCGGCGACACUCUAUUGCUUUGCGGAAACAUGCGCCUUGCGUCAUCCAUUUGUCAGAAAACCAUGUAAGUUCUUAUAUGGCUGACAUGUUCGACAUUGCAUCAGGAGAUUUUCACGACAAAAUAAACAGCGAGCAUAGAAUUUCUGUUACGAUGUGUGCCUUCUUAUCUUUUGCUAAACAGUGGUGUCCAUUUGACUUUGAAGACUACGUUCAAUUCUUCGCUUUGCUUCACUUGUUUCUAUGGAUAUCUGGUAAACAAUUAAAUCGGAUUUUGGCAUUAGUUGAUUGUUUUCUUGAAUUUGAUUUUACAAAGUAUUUGGACGAUUUUGUCCAAGAAUAUUUUGAAAAUAAUAAGACAAAUCUGCCCAUCGACUUUCUGGAUAAAAGACUGUUUCUAAGCAACAUGGAGGAAAGUGAUGACAGUGGUAGCGAGAGUGAUGUCAGUGACAGCGAGGAUUCGUCUAGUGAUGAAGAAGACGAUGAAGAUGAGGACGAAGAAGACAAUGAAAAUGAAGACAAUGAAGAUGAGGACGAAAAAAGUUUUGAAGAGUUAUUGGUCAUUUUGAUCUGUGAUAAAAUGUUUCCUUCAAAGGAAUCAGUGUGCGAAAAUGGUGGAGUUAGUGAGGGUGAUGAACAAAAUUUCGUAAUUUUACAUUCAUUUAUGUCUCAGUUUUAUAGCCGUUGUGUUGAGGCAAACACCGAAAGGCAGUCAUCGCGUCCAAUCAUUGAUUAUAUUUUUUCUCUGAAAAACGAAGAUUUGCGUAGAAUGACUCCUGUCCUUUAUCGUUUGUUGUACACGGAAGAAGCAAAAUGCCCUGGAAUAUUUAUCGAUAUUAUUUUGGCGCAAAAAGUAGACGAAAGCAAGUCAUGUCUUCGUGACAUUGACAACACAUUGAAAGAGCAUUUAAAAGAGAAAGAGAUUAACCAUGACUCAUAUGCAGCAGUUAUGAUUUGCGACUUAAUUCAUUUCAUUCAAUGCUUCGACGAAAACUUUGACAUAGAAGACUUGAGUACUGAGAGUAAAUUGAUGAAAUGUCUUCGCUCUGCAACAAACAUGGUAACUGGUACUGAAGAUGCCUUUGGCUUGGUUCUUCUGUCAUCCGUCGCAUUUCUACGAGGAUUUUACUGCAUGCUAUCUAAACACUCCUAUCUCUUCUCCCGUGAAACACAAUACUCAACCAUUUUGUGGGAAAUAAACUCACUUUGAGGUGAUGACGAAAGGCACUACUCCAUUCGAACAUUCUUUUUAAAACAACUUCUUGCAUCCGGUCUGACCAUGUAUGAACUUCAACAGUUAUGUUGUGCUAGUAAUCAAUUACCAGUUAUGAAAAAUAUGUUCCAACAAGGCUGUGACUUUGCAAAGGUCGAGUUUACAUUUGUCUCCCAGAUGGAUAAAUAUGAAGAGUUGAAAGAAGCCCUUAGGUCAUCCUCUCACGGAAAUGAUGUAGAAUUACUUGGUAUUGCCAGAAAAUGUGAAAACUCCUCCAAAGAUCGUCUAACGUUACUAGGGCUCAUUAUGAAUACUUUUUACGUUAAACGAGCAGCUGGUAAUCUUAAUGAUAAUGAAGAAAAGUUGGCGAGAAAAUUGUUCGAAAAAUUCAAACAUUUUCCACAUCCUAUGAAGCAUCUAAUUUCAAAAUUACUUAGCUUGGAAAAAUUCAGUCAUUAUGGUUUACAAACUUCUUCAGAGUCACCUGCCAACAAAAUUGACAUUAGUUUAUUAAUACUUCAUGUAUUGUGUGUUGUUUUGAGCAGUUUUGAAAUUGAAAACUCUCCAUUGCUUCGAUAUGUAAUCCAUUCAGAAAAAUGUCAGUCCACCAGGAUUCUUGCUUCUAGAAAUGACGAAAAAGCCAGAGUAUUAGACCAGUUUCGUUUUGUAAAUGAAGGUUCUACAGUAAACUGCGUGUGCAAGUUACACUUACAAUAUCAUGGUCAAAUGAAAAAAUGUCCCAAUUGUGGUACAGAAGUGGACGUCAAGGAUCGUGAUAAUUCCCUCUCUGAUGAAACAGUGAAAUCCUAUUUCCACAGCACCGAGUGUAAAGAUUGGGAAACAUGCACUGUGAACAUGGAGCCGUCUGUCUAUCGAGCGUUACAUUUGAUUGUUAACGCAUGCUUUUAUGGAGGAAUUGCAGUUGGACUGUCUUCGAAUGAAGUGAUACUGAAAACUCUUUUUCCUGAGAAUGAAGAUGGAAGUUUAGCAGAUGCCUGUCUUAAUCAGAUAAACGAAGAUCUAAAAUGUUUGCAGACUAUUCUUUCUUGUAAGAGACAAACUGCAAUUGAUGUAAUGAAUUUAGUGGUUGAAGAAUCUACUCCACUGCUUCAAGGAGUUGUUCAAAGUGGAAAUACAUUGAUAAAUAACGCAGAAUGUGUGCAGUGGGAAAGCAAGUUCAUUGAAGUAGUGAGCGAAAUCGUCUUCAAAGCCUUUGGAUCAGCAAAACCGCUCAAAGAACAGAGAAUGAAGGCAAAGUUAAAGAUUAUGGCACUUUCUAAGAUUGAAUAUGAAAUGCAAGAGCUUGACCAAUAUCCCACUGAUUUUGAUGAGCAAAAUAAAAAAUUGAAAAGAUUGUUUCGUAUCACAAGAGAACCGUCCUUUGCAGACUUGCGAGCAAUAUUUUUCAAUUAUUCUAAAGAAAAUAGCAAGGAAUACCCUGUUCUAGCUGUUUUGUUGUCUUGGUUUGACGAGCUUCCUUAUCUUGCUUGUUUAUAUCCUCUGCUAAAGUGGACACGUUUUAUCACAUCCAGGUUGACCCACAGUAUCAGUCGCAAAGAAGCGCAGAGCCGUCCUAUCAGUGAUUUUAUACAUUCAGAUUUGCAGGCUGGAGAAAGCGAUGGCUUAAAAGAACAAAAAGAAGUGUUUAAUAAGUUCAAAUAUGCGUGGAAUGAAAUGCAUGAGAUCUUGAAUCAGCACCUGGACGACAAUAAAAAGAUGCCUUAUAUUAGCGAAGAUGAUGCUAUUGGCUACUGCCUUUUAGAUGGCGACUUGAGUGUGUAUUUGAAAACAGCAAUAAAAAUUCUACAGUCAAUGCAGAACAGCUUUUUAGACUCUAUGGUCGCGACUUCAUUGAGAACGAAACAUCCAGCUGUUAGUUUCCUUACAAAAAGCGAGAACUGCUGUGGUGUGACGUCAAUAUCACUACAAGAUGUUAAAGAAAAAGAUAUCAUCAAUAUUGAGUGGUCAAACAAAUACCUGAGGUACACACAAAAUCCAGAGUAUGGUUGUGGAGAAGAUAUUGAUUAUGAUUUUGAGCAGAUUGAAAACAUCUUGACUAAUGAAGUGGUUCUUGGAAAACUUUAUCUUACAGAUAUUUCAAGUACAUUCAUAUUUUCCCAUGAACUCUUUCAUUCCAGUGCUAAUGUAUUAAUGAAGAUUCGUGAGUUGUGUCCACAAAGUCCAACUCUUCCUGAAGGUAUUGAUCAGGGAAUAGAGACACUUAAAGAACGCAGAAAACAAGAUGCACGUAACUUACUUCAAAACAUCGAGAUUAUCAUAUAUUUACUGCAUUCUGAUCCCAAAUCCAUCGAAGAAAUUCAAAAUAUGGAACUUGUUGAAUUCGCUGACAAAUUUAAAGAUAAGCUUCCACGUCCGUUUCCGGUUGACUUGUUACCUGAACCCAAGAAAUCCAUUCAUCUUACUCAUAUUGCAGCUCUGUAUGAAGCGUUAGAAGACGUGCUUGCCGAUGGUACCAUCGAAAGUCUGCCGAAACAUUUUGGAGUUGUUUUGACAGAUGAAGUAAAGAAACAACUAGAUAGUUUAGUCCACCACAGAAAUGGGCAAAUCAAAGCAAAACAGUUUCUUCAAGUGUUACGUCGUUUUGCAUUUCGUUAUCUGUCAGCUGAAAAAUUUCAUCCUGAAGCCAAAACACCUUUACGCAGUUGUCUGCAAGAACCGUCAUUGUGGACACCAGGCGAUGUUCCAGAAACAAAUGUCAUCCCAAAGGAGUUAGUGCUGGGAAAUAUUCAUUCAAUUAUUAAACAUCUACAACAGCAACAAUCCGGGCAGAGAAGUAGCGUGCAAAAUGAUGGAAGAAAUCUGCCUGUCGUAUCCAGUAAAAGAAAAAACGAUUGGCAAUUAAAUUUUUCGUUAGUUAUUACGUCAUUGACGUACAUUUCAUUUACAAGUCACAAUUAUAUAAAAUAAUGAUUCAUUAUGAUUGUAGUUAGAGAUAAUUAGUGAGUAUAACAGUUAAUUAAAGCAUAAAAUUGCAUAAAUAAAAUUAAAGUAGAUUUGGUCCAUGUAACAGUUAAGACAAACAUUGCCACAUAUAUUUUGUGGGCAAUUGAUGCAAUUCAUUAAAUUUUAUAAUCGGUA